AUGCCACUUAUCAAUUAUAUCCAAGAUACUUACCUUAAGAUGAAAACUUUUAAACAAAAUUUAAUGGCUGUUGAGAAUUAUAUUAUUGAAUUUGAAAAGUUAUGCAUGCUAUGUGGUUUAGAAGAGAUUGUUGAACAUAAGAUUGCUCGUUUUAUUUCGGGAUUGAAUGAUAAUAUUGCUGAAAAAGUCGAAUUACAACAAUAUUGGUCCUUUGAGGAUGUUUGCAAGGUAGCUAUAAAGGUUGAGAAACAGCUAAAGGGGAAGAAGGGCUCGUUCACUAAGCCUUUUGUAAAAGGGUUCUCAAAACCUUUUGAGAGAGUUAGUGUGGAAAAGAGUAGUUCUAGUUCGAACUACAAGGAGACAAAGCCUAAAUUCGAGUCUACUAAAAAGUUUGUGGAAGGAAGGAAGUGCUUCAAGUGUGGUAGUGUUAGUCACAUUGCAAGUGACUGUCCAUCUAAAAGGGUCAUGACGGCUCAAGAAUGGGAACAAGAGCAAGCUAAAUGUGAGCAAGGUAGUGACGGUGAAAAGGAUGAAGAAAACUUUGAAGAAGAGGUGGAACACAUGGAAGAAAUUGAUCCCGAGACUCAAGGUCGUCCUUGGCAAUAUGAUAGAUUUGUGAAAUUUGAUGGAAUGACUAAUGUGUAUGUUGUAAGAAAAGGAGAAAACGAGAAACCGGUUGCUUUGAAACCUUUGAUAAACAAUAAACCUUCUAUUGCUACCUCUAAUUCGAAGAGUUCCUACUUGAUUAGUGAGAGAGAAGUGGAGAAAGAAAUCGGCAAUAACAAUAUGGUGUAUAUACUUGUUUCUAAUGAGGUUCGAAUUGAGAAAGAUGAACAACUCAAGAGGCCGGUUGAAUUGGAAGCUAUUUUGAGAGAGUUCAAGGAUAUGUUUCCUGAUGAAUUACCUCCGGGACUACCUCCUAUUCGUGGGAUAGAACAUCAAAUUGACUUGAUUCCGGGAGCACCAUUACCUAACAAAGUAGCUUAUAGAAGUAAUCCAGAAGAGACAAAAGAGAUGCAAAGGAAAAUUGAGGAACUUAUGACAAGAGGUUAUGUGAGAGAGAGCAUGAGUCCUUGUGCCGUGUCUACACUACUUGUUCCAAAGAAGGAUAGAAGUUGGCGCAUGUAUAUUGAUAGUAGAAGUGUGAAUAACAUCACAAUCAAGUAUCGUUUUCCUAUUCCAAGAUUGGAUGACUUACUUGAUGAGUUACAUGGCUCGAAAUUUCUUACAAAUGCACCUAGCACGUUCAUGAGAUUGAUGCAUGAGGUUGUAACCGAUGCAAGUGGAGUUGGGAUUGGAGCGGUUUUAUUGCAAAAGAAGCGCCCUAUAGCUUACUUUAGUGAGAAAUUGGGAGGAGCUCGUUUGAACUAUUCUACUUAUGAUAAAGAGUCCUACGCUAUUGUUAUUUCUUUAGAUCAUUGGAGUCAUUAUCUCCGACCUAAUCAUUUUGUGUUGCAUUCUGAUCAUGAGGCGUUGAAGUAUAUACAUGGACAACAAAAGCUCAAUCCUAGGCAUGCUAAGUGGGUUGAAUUUUUGCAAUCAUAUAAUUUAUCUUCUAAGUACAAAGAAGGAAAAUCAAUUUCGUGGCGGAUGCACUCUCUAGAAGAUAUACAUUGCUUGGAAUUUUUAAUAUCAAAUUGCUUGGUUUCGAAUUGA